UACACAAGCUGUGUCGCGCUAUAGUGCGUGCCACACGGCAUAUUUCACGCUCCGGAGUUCAGGGGAAACGUCAGCACUGUAAAUAGAAGUGCUGAAAGCGCUUCGGGAAACAAGAAGGCGCCGGCCGUUUUCACGUUGCGCAUAAGUAUCAUUAUUUGCAAGUGAGCUCGGGAUUUUGCAAUAUCUUGAGAAGCUAAAUCGUUUUGAAGAAACAGCGAAAAUGUCCAAUUCUCCGGUGCUUAAUCCAGAAAUCCCAUAUGUGGGAAAAGUGGAAGGAGGUCUGAGGGCUGGUACAAUGGUGAAGAUACAGGGCAAGGUACCAUCUCAGGCCGUACGAUUUGCUGUAAAUUAUCAACUUGGACCAACAUUAAAUCCGAGAGACGAUAUAGCCAUUCAUGUAUCUCCACGUUUUCCCGAAGGCUUUAUUACUAGAAAUCAUAUAGAGUCAAUGACCUGGGGCAUGGAGGAGAAUGCUGGUCCAUUGUGGAUUCAACCAGGCCAGGAAUUCGAGAUGUUAAUUUUAUGCGAUUAUCACUGCUACAAGAUCGCUAUUAAUGGCAGGCAUUUCACAGAAUUCGCCCAUCGAUUGCCAUUCGUAAAAGUUACUCAUCUAGUUAUUGAUGGCGAUGUUGAAAUACAUUCCAUCGCAUAUGAACAAGUAUCAGUCGAUCCAUCAAAAUCUUCCGUUACAGCACCAGAUGCGGAAACUGCUAAUUUUGGACCACCACCACCAGGUGGUUUAUAUCCAACAAUUCAACCUGGGGGUGGAUAUGGGCCUCCUCCUCCGACUGGUUACGGUCCUCCUCCCUCUGGUUAUGGCCCUCCUCCCUCUGGUUAUGGCCCUCCUCCUUCUGGUUAUGGUGGUCCUGAAGGUUACAAUCCACCAAGAGCCUAUGGAUAUCAACCUGGUUCUGAGAAACCAGAGGAAGAAGGUGUCUUUGGAAAUUGUAUGGACAAAGUUGGAUUAGCAUUAGGUGGAUUAGUAGCAGCUGGAGGUGUAGCGGCAGCUAUGCACGCGUUGAAUAAAAAGAAAGAUGAGAGUGAGGAAAAGGAUCAUGAAAAAUCAGAUGCUUCCAAAUCGAAGACUGAAAGCGAAAGUGGCUUUGGUAAUUUAGCUGGUUCUCUUGGGAUGGCCCUAGCUAGCAGUCUAGCAAGCAAUGCAUUGCACAGCAACACACACGCACAACAAGGCUAUCCCGCCCAACCGCAAUCGGGUGGUGUAUUGGAUUCUAUUCUUGGAGCGUUAGGCGGUGGAGGAUCUCAGCAACCUGCUUAUGGUCCGACACAUCCAUCCGGCGGUGAUAGCUUGGGCGGAACGUUAGGAUCUAUAUUCGGUGGCGUUCUCGGUGGUGGUGGAAAUCAUCAGCAACCACCGUACCAACCUUCAGGAGGAUACGGCGGAUAUCAACCAUCGGGUGGUUAUCCUGGUGGUGGAUAUGGCAGCCAAAGUUCUGGUGGAUCAGAUUUAUUAUCAGGAAUAGGAUCUGCCUUGUUUAGUUCGGCCUUGGAUGGUCUGAGCAAACGUGGAAAAGAUAAAUCUCAUGAUGAACAUCGUUCUGGACCCCCUCCGAGUUACGAACCUCCCCCGCCAACACCGCCGGCACCAAGGCCAGCCCCACGUCCAGAAACUCCACCAUCUUCUGACGGGCGCAAAUUAACCGCGGAAGAAAUUUCCAAGGGACUUGGAUUAGAUGAUUAAAUGCUUCGAUGAUGCGGAAGACUUCGGUCUGCAAGUACACUUAUAGUAAAUGAUGUUAUGCUCUCUUGUUGCUUGAAAAUGUUAUUUACGUACCAUCACGAAUCUCAAAAAUAUCCAAUAUUAUUUAUUAACCGUUUGAAUAUUACGCGAUCGUACUGUUUUUGUUGCUGGUCAUAAUGCGUCAUCAUAAUAUCUUGAUAGACUAAAUGACAGUGCGCUCGGAUUCUACUAUGUAAUGGAUAGACGUUACAAUUCAAAGCGUAUUCAUUAAAACGGAAUUUUUAUUUUCGUAUUUGUUGUUAUAAUAAUACUUUUAUUAAAAAUGAAUAAAAAAAUCAUGCAAGGAAAGGCACGAUUGCGUUACUUGGCACUUUCCGACUAUAUUUCUUCGAUUACUCGUGAUAUUCAAACGGUUAAAAUGUUCGAUGCAAUCGUUUAUCUUUUAAUAAUAACAGCUUUUAAUCUCAUUGGCAGCUAUAUCAAAUACACAAGAGAAUAUUAAUUAAUAUCAUGUGCAAAUCUCGAUAUGAAUUACUUCGUAUAAAAAUACGGAAUAUAAAUUAAUUAACUUGUUCAAAAUGAUAUUAAGUAGAAUUAAGCUUGUUAUAAAAUUGCUUUUAAAAGUGUUGAAAAUUAUGUAUUUUAGAUAAGAAUCUCAACAUAGAAAUCAAACUCAGAUCGCUUUUUACAAAGCCUUCCAUCAAAUAGUCCAAUUGACAGAUAUGCAGGUAUAGCAA